CCCUCCUGCUGCGAGGGAGUUGAGAUGAAGUGGUAGGAGCGGAGCGCGAAGGGGAAUUUACAGCGUUAGCGUGAGGCCCAGAGUGGAGAGGAGACAGGCACAGCGCGCUUGCAGUCAUGGAGCAGGAGUUCGCGGAGAUCGAUAAACAGGGCAACUGGGCGAUGCUUUACCAGGAAAUCCGACAUCAAGCCAGUGACUUCCCCUGUAAAGUAGCCAAGCUUCCAGAAAAUAAAAAUCGGAACAGAUAUAGAGACGUCAGCCCCUUUGAUCACAGUCGCAUUAAGCUACAGCAAGGUGAUAAUGACUAUGUGAAUGCAAGCUUGAUUAAAAUGGAAGAGGCACAAAGGAGCUACAUUCUGACUCAGGGACCUCUUCCAAAUACUUGUGGUCAUUUCUGGGAAAUGGUUUGGGAGCAGAAAUCUCGGGGCGUUGUCAUGCUCAACAGAGUGAUCGAAAAGGGAUCAGUAAAAUGUGCAAAGUACUGGCCAAGUAAAGAAGAGGGGGAAAUGACGUUCACAGACACAAAAUUCAAGUUAACUUUAAUUUCUGAAGAUGUGAAAUCAUACUAUACAGUACGACAAUUGGAAGUGGAAAACCUCGCAACCAAAGAAACCAGGGAAAUAUUGCACUUUCAUUAUACCACAUGGCCUGAUUUUGGAGUACCAGAAUCACCCGCUUCAUUCCUUAACUUCCUUUUCAAAGUGAGGGAAUCCGGCUCAUUAAAUCCAGAGUACGGACCUAUAAUGGUUCAUUGCAGUGCAGGGAUAGGACGAUCUGGCACCUUUUCUUUGGUCGAUACUUGCCUCCUUCUGAUGGACAAGCGGAAAGAUCCUUUGUCUGUGAAUAUUAAGGAAGUUUUAUUAGAAAUGAGAAAAUAUCGUAUGGGUCUCAUUCAAACAGCUGAUCAAAUGCGUUUCUCCUAUAUGGCUAUUAUUGAAGGGGCCAAAUUCAUUAUGGGAGACUCCUCUGUACAAGAACAGUGGAAAGAGCUUUCAAAUGAAGAUCUUGACCCACCUCCAGAGCAUAGUCCUCCACCCCCACGGCCUCCGAAACGGACAACUGAGACACCAAAUGGUAAAGCACCGGAUCAUAGAAUGUCCUUUACUGACCCAAAUGAAAGAACCUGUGAGAAGAAGCAGGAAGAAAGUCAUGAUCGUAUAAUGAAUCAGCUUACCAGUUCAAGACCAGAAAGUUCGGAACUAGAACUUCGGAAGAGGCAUGUUGGCGAAAGUGCUUCACCUCCCACGCAGAUGAGUAAACAGGUGAAUCCAGGAAGAAGUGAAGAGGAUGAAGUGGUGGUGGAAGAGAAAAACUCAUGGUCCCAUUGGAAACCUUUUAUGAUUAAUGUAUGUGUGCUCACUGCUCUUACAGCUGGGGCUUACCUCUGUUACAGGGUAUGCUUUCAUUGACAAAUACUCCAGAGAUAAUAUAUGUAUUGCAGUACAGUAAAACAGAUAAAAUAUUUGCUGUUUUGAAAAACUGGAGGGUCCAUGUCUUAAGAAGCAAACCUGGUUUCUGAGGCUGGAGCUUGGGUGCAAAUUAUAGGGAUAUGAUGAUGAUGCACUAUGGUUUGUUGUAGUUCCAUGGUCCCAAGAGCAUAACAAUCAAAUCUCAGGGCCUUGAAUAUUCAGGAGAAAGCAGUGAAAAUGCCAAAUAGCUCUUUAUUUUUCAUGUGUGUGCGUGCGUGCAAGUGUGCUGGGGUAGGGCAGAAUAAUGUUGUGUACUGCAUUCUUUUGAUAUUGAGAAAUUAAUCAUGUUCAGACGUAAUCAUAUCCUGUAUUCCUGGUGUACUUAAUUCAUAAUUACAAUAUUAGUGUACAUUUUGCUGUUUUUACAUCCAAAUGAAAAAUGCCCAAUAUGUUCUUUAGAAACAUGAUGUAGCAUUUAUGUUAAACUUGUGUUUUCUUCCCAAACACCUUUCAGAAAUCAAAAAUAUAUCUUUUCUUAUGGAUUUUGGGAUGUGUCUGCGAUGAAAUUGCAUUAAUCAAAGCAAAGCUUUGGCUUUAUCUUGCUGCUUUCAUUAAAACAGGUUUGUUAAGAGGCUUCCACUGCUGCUCAGGGUAUCUCAGCAAAAUAGACCUCUUCAACUGUAUCUGGUAAAUAUUUUGCAUUACACAUGUACUUGCUCACGCACAGACCAUCAAAAAGCAAAGCAAAUUAACUCACAUUUAGCCUUCCGCUUACUCAGUGACUGUAUAAUGGAGGAGGGAUAAUAUAAAAUACAAACAUUUGCACCAGCAUUUUUACAGCUGCACCACAAAAUUUAAACGGCUAUGUUUGUAACUGAACAUUUUUUCACUCCGUAUUUAUUUGUGACUGUUGUCAAUCUUUUAACCACCAAUGUAUUACAAAUAUAGCAUUUUUCUUCAACCUUGUAACAAAGGCACAUAGACAAGUUUUAAAAACAGAAGGUACUUCACGCCUGUACUGGAAACUGACUGCCAACUGCCCUCUAGAAUAUAGGGUACCAGUACUUAAUGUGAGGGAAAAUUGUAAGUAGUCAGUGUAUAGCCUGUUGUCUUCAGAAAAUACAAUAAUUAACCUUUUUGGAUCAUGUAAUAUCAAAAUACAGGGAUACUAAUGAUAUAUAAUAGAAGAUCAUGUGUAUGCUGUAGAAUUGCUUUUUAGAAUGAUUAUUAAUGGUCUGGAUGUAUCAUGUAUCCUGGCAGUUGUAUAUUGAAUACCAGUGUAGUAGAGUGCAUGCAGACUCCAUUAGUGUCAUUUAAAUAUGUAAUUGCUCAGAAUAUGAAAGAUGUAUAAUCUUAAUUACUACUGUGAACAUGUGUAGCAUACAUUGAAAGUCUUUGCAUGAUUGUUCUGGUAGGUAGUAAUCACAGUGGUUCUGACACUGACAAGUUAUUCCUUCAGUGGUUGAUUUCUCUGGUGGGUUUUUAUAUAAAAGCUAGCAUAACUGUGUUUCCAGUAGAGUAUGGUGUGCGUGUGUGUCUGUGUCUGUGUCUCGUGUGUAUUUUUCUAUUUGAUGUAAUUGAAAUGUCACAUUUCAGGUAGGUAGGAUCAAGUCCAAACAUUCCAAAUUGCCUACAGGGCUUGCUCAUGUCUUACUUCCGGUUGUCUUAAGCAAGGCACAGUACAGUUGUUUAACUUUGCUAGAUAAGAUUCAAUGUUUGGAGGUUAUAUUUCAAGUAGUGGCUCAAAACUAGGCUGUAUUCCUAUACAGAAAUAUGACUGGCUAAUCUGGUAACUUCCUCCAUUGUAUAAAUUACCAGGUUUUUGGCUGAUUUGAGGCACUUUGUAAGAGUUUCAACCAAAAAAGUCUCCAUUUUUAAUAGCCUACAUCAUUGUUAAAUUCUUAGCACUGGGGUAUUAUUUGAAUGCAAUCUAACGGAAAUGAGUAACUAAGCUCAAAGUGAAAGAUGUCAAGUUAAAAGGCUCUUGUAUAAUUAGGUAGUUAUGAUGAAUGUACAGAAAAUUAAAAGUUGGGUCUGGUAUACCUCUUAAAAGACAGAAAAUGCUAAAUAGCUGCUUUAACGUAAACAAGCUAUUGAGCUGCUGUGCUAAAUGCCUUAAUUAAAAUGCUCCUUGGAUCUUGCUGUUUCCAGAAUAGUCAUGCCAAUAAGAUCAUUAAACAGAUUAAACAAUUAGAUUGUAUCAUUAAGUGUUUUACACAUUUUGAUGCGAUGAACAGAUUGUGGACCAGUAAUGAAGAAUAAAUUUUCCACAAAAAUGAUCUUUAACAAUUUCAUCGAAGAGUUGUUGUGCUCUAUCUCCAGCAUUUGGAAAGGAGGUACGGUGCACACCACUGUAGUUUUUAGCACUCUGCAAAUGCCCAUGUUCAACCUGGAUAGUCAGCAUUUGUUUCCCAUCCCUAAUUGUCUUUGAAUUGAUUCAGUGGCUUGCUGUACCAUUUCUAUCUGCAAUGGAUCUGAAGUCACAAAGACCAUGCUGUGUGAAGAUGGCCAAUUUCCUUCUCUAAAUGAAACUUACAAGCUAGAUAGGUUUUAGGACAGUUUCAUGGUGCCAUUAUUGAUGCCAGCUUUUUCUUUUUGUAAAUUCAUUCACAGUGGAGCAUUGCUAGCUAGGCACCAUUUUUGCCCAUUCCUAACUACCCAGAGGACAGUUAAGAUUCAACCAUUACUGUGGGUCUGGAGUCACAUAUAGACCAGACGAGCUAAUGAUAGCAGUUUCCUCUCGAAAGGGCAAGAGUGAUCCAGGUGGAUUUUGCCAACAAUUGGUUCAUGUCAUCAUUGCAGUCUCAAUUCCAGAUUUUUAUUGAAUUAAAAUUCUACCAUCUGCUGUGGUGGCAUUCAAACCCAGGUCCGCAGAACAUUAUCUGAGUCUCUGGAUUAUUGGUCCAGUGGUAAUACUGCUAGGCCAGCAACUCCCCAGAUUUUAUUUGAAUUUAAAUUUCCAUCAAUUUCUCUAGUGAGAUGUAAAGUCAAGAGCACUCAUCUAGGCCUCUGGGUUUCUAGGCAGCAUUACUACGAGGCCAUUGCCUCCUUAGUUAUGCACACAAAAUUUUGGAAUUCCAUUGUAUUAUCUCAAACCAGUGGACAAGUGCAUAGGACCUGGAUCUUUUGGAAUGUCAGCAAUUUGAAGAGUAGCACAUCUUAAUUAUGAAAUAACCUGUUGCCUCCCCAAGACCCUUCUAUGAUGCUGACUAAAUGAGGAAAGUAAGGCAAAAGGUAUAAAAUGAUUGAGAAUAUAUAUGAGUAGUUUGAGCAGUUCGGUAACUUUUUUUCUUUAUAAAUCUGGCCAUGUGUGCAGUUGAUUAAAACAGUGACACCAGUUGUUCAAUGUGGAAACUUAAUUCAACCUUGCUUUAAUUGGCAGUGAUUGUUAGCCUUAUUAGCAGCAAAUUUAGUCACUUCACUUAUUAAAAUAUCUUUCCAUUGUCAAUCUUUGUGCAAUGAACCCCAUGUAAUUGAGAUACUUCAAUUUAUUCAAGUUUUUAAAAAAAAAAAAAGCUUGGUCAAGUAUGUGAAAGUUUUGUAAAGGUGAAUUUUUCCAGGAUUUCUAGCAGAUUUUGAAUGAACAAGCAAUGUCAGUAUUUGAAUACGAUAGUUUAUUGUUCUGAAAUGUUGAGUUUGAAGAUUUAGGGCAAUACAAAGAUCAGCUUUAACAAUCAGUUUCCCAAAGGACGUUACGAAUGAGAGAUGAAUAGUCAACAUCGUAGAAACUGACUUGUAAACUCCGCAUCAGCAUUCAUUUGAAUCAGACAUUUUUUUCACAGGCUCAUUCCUGUCUCUCUGUGGAGAAUUGAAGCUGUUCAUUCACAGGGCCUUACAGUACUGGGUUGUGUAAAAGUUUCAGCAGUAGUAAUCAGUUUUGUCAUCCAUCCCAAUUAAUAAGAAAAAAUCAACCACAUUGCUCUUAAACAAUUGUCACAUGUUGAUUAGAGUAUAGUUCAGUUGUCUGGUUUUCUCUUACCUUAGAACUUGAAGAGGCCUCUAGCUCAACAAGAGUCUACAUUCUUACCUUCUAUUUGUUUACCAAACCAUAAGAGGAGUAGAAUUAGGCCAUUCACCGAUCGUGGCUGAUCCCCAAUUCAAUCAUGGCUGAUACAUGUCUCAACUCCAAUGUUCUUACCUUAUUGCUGUAGUCCAAAAUCCCCUUAUUAUCUGUCAAUAACCUGUUUAUUUCUCCCUUAAGAAUGCUUAAUGAAUUGGCUUCCACAGCCUUCAGCGACAGUGAAUUCCAUGGAUUCACCACCCUGCGGCCGAAGAAAUUUGUUCCCUCAAUAUAUGUUGCACAGGGCUAAUCUGAAGCACUGUGAUUUAAAGGGUUGGCCUUGGUAGGGUAGUAGUCCAGCUGCUCUGAGAACCUUUCUUGGGAAAUCUAGUGACAAGGAUGCUACCUGAAAAACUUGAUUUUAUUUAGCCGGUGGUUGUUUUUGCACGUCUUUUGCAGCAGACGUGGCUGACAGGUUUGCAAUGUGCAGUUUAAUCAAGCUGAGGCUCCACAGCAAGAUCUAAAGUACUACGCCAUCUUGAAAAUAGAUUUGUUGAAGUGAGCUGUUAAAAGGAACAGGGCAUUAUUAAUCGGGUAAACAGGUUUUUGGAAGCUGACCAGAAGUCAAUUUUACUAAAUGCCUAGAUACUGCAUAAAUGGCAAGAAAUGAUCUUCUAAUACUCUGUCAGAGCUCAAAGCCAAUGAUUAGCUAAUGGGUUUUUCCACCAGAAGUCCCUUCUAAACCUCAAGGCUUUUACCUGAAAUCUAUGACCCUUCUACUAGGGGGAAACUGUCUUCCUAUAUCGUCUGUCUAUACCUCUCUCAAAUUUAUAGACCUCAUUCAAGCCCCCCCUUCAGACUUCUCUGCUUUAAGAGAAGCCACCAGCCCGUGUAGUUUCUCCUCACAGCUGAAACACUCCUGCCCUGACAACAUCUUGGUGAAUAUCCUCCACAUUCUUCAUUCGCCCAUCAUCUUCGUGUGCUUGCAUUCAGUACAAAUAGAAGCAAGUAUCUGAUAUGUUGUCUUAACUACUUUAUCUCCACCUGACCUUUUGCCUUCAAGAAUCUGAAUCUCAAUGAUCUUCUGUCCUUCCCACCGUCCUAAUGUUCAUUGUGUAUUCUCUUGCCAUGUUUGUCUUUCCAAAAUGCAUCACCUCACUUUUUUUCUGGAUUUAAUUCAAUUUGCCAUUGUUAUGCCCAUCUUUAUUGCCCUGCAAUCAGGCUUUCCUACUUGCUGUUUACCACACUACAAUUCUCAUGCCCAUACAAACUUAUUGAUCAGACCACUUACAUUCAUGGUUUAGACAUGAAUUCAUAUUAUAAACAGCAAGGGACCAAGCACCAUAUCCUACUGCACCACUGGACCCUGGCUUCCAAAAACACCCUUUGACCAUCAUACUCUGCCUCCUGCCCCAAGUCAAAUUUGGGUCCAUUUUGCCAAAUGCCCCGGAUUCCAUGGGCUCUACCUUCUUGCCCAGUCUUCCACGCUAAUCCCUAGUCAAAAUUGUUACCAAAGUCCAUGUAGAUCACAUCCACUGCACUACUGCCAAUCACACCUCUAGUCAGCUUUUUGAUCCCAAAUGCUCUGACGUAGAUUUUCCAACAAGUAGCUGCCCCCAGUCUACUUUAGCCAAAAUUUGUCUCAUUACAUUAAAAUCAGCUUUCCCCCAGUUGUGAACUUUUAUUUGUGGUCCAUUGUUGGCCUUUUAUAUUUCUACCUUGAAUAUUUGAGAGUUAACAGCUCUCUUAUCAAAAUGCUCUCUCACUGACGCUUCUGCCACUUGUCCAGCUUUUUUGCGUAAAAUGAGAUCCUCUUUCUUUUAGGGCUUUCUACAUGCUGGCUUUAAAAAGUGCUUCUGGAUAUAUUUUUAAAAUUCUACCCUCGAUAAACCUUUCACUUUGACUAUCCCAGUCAGUUUGGGGAAAUUGAAAUCUCCCAUUGUUUUAUUAAUUUAAUACUUCUGUAAUUUGUCUAUGUCUAUCCUUGCACCUCUUUCUGACUAUUAGGACCAUAUGAUAGAUCCCCAAACAUAUGAUUGCCUCUUCUUUGAAUUGGGUUUCUAUCCAUUUGGUUUGAAUUGAGAGCUUACAUGCUAUCGAAUUGCUGUAAUUUACUCCUUCAUAAAUAUUGCGAUACUACCACCUCUCUUCCACCCGUUUUGUCUGAAGAUUCUGUACCCAGGAAUAUUAAGCUGUCAGUCCUGGCCCACCUCAACAAGUCUCCUUUAUUGCAGUUCUGUCAUACCACCAUGUGUUAUUCAGCACCCUCAAUUCAUCUGUCUUACAAGACUCCUUGUAUUUAAAUGCAUCCGACCUUGCCAAGCUUCCUUUGUGUUUUAACCUGAUAGUACGUGCUCUGUCACUGACUUGGCUCUUCUUCUAUAUUUGUCUGUAUGUCACCUACUGUUCUACCUCCACUCCCUAUCUCAUCCCAUUGCCAAAUUAGCCCACACACCCCCCUGCAAAAAUAUUGAUCCUAUUGUGAUUUAAGUGUAACUAUUGGAUUUGUAGAUGUUCCAUGAUCCCCAGAAACAGACCCAGUGAUCCAAAUCUAAAGCCCUCUUUUCUGCACUGAUGCUUCAGCCAUGCAUUCACCUGUCUAUCCAUAUAUUCCUAUUCUCUCAAGUAUAUGGCACUGGGAGUAAUCCAGAAACUAGACUGCAGCCUUUGAGGACCUACAUUUUAAUCUACUACCUAGCUUCCUAAAUAAAAACCAAAAUUACUGAAGAUGUUGUCAGGUCGAAACAAAAACAGAUGCUUGAAGCUUAGGUCUGGCAGCAUCUGAAGAGAAAUCGGAGCUAUUGUUUCAGGUCCAGUGACCUUCCUCAGAAUUAGCUUCCUAAUUUCUUGUUGCAAGAUCUCAUUCCUCUUACCUCCCACGUUAGUACCAAUGCAAACCACGACCUCUGACUAAUCUCCCCUUUCAGAAUUUCCUGCAGCCACUCAGUGACAUCCCUGGCCCUCGUCACAGGUGGGGCAACAUAUCGUCUUGUAGUUAUGCCUGUGGCCACAGAGAUGCCUGUCUGUUUAACUCAUUCCUUUUUGAAGUUAUUCCCCUGACACAGUGUCAGUGUUGUUUGCUGAGAAUUUAAAACCUCAGACCUAUUUCCAAAAGACUGUACGUUCAUUUAUUUGGAUAUUGUGCAUGCUUUAUAUUAUGACAGACAUGAUGGCCUGAUUUCCCCCAGGUUUGGCAAGCUUGAUUUUUGGUUUGGACAAUACAGAUUAAGAUAGAAUUGUGUUCAAUUAGUGUGGUAGCUGCCUCAACAUUAUUAAUAUUCAUCUUCUGUUCAUUUCAUAUGAUAUUCUGUAAUAUGUCUUAUACCUAGUAGAAAUCUGUGUCCUGUUAUAACUACAGAAUUACAUUUGCUCACACUUAAGAAGAAUUCCAGCUUAGAUCUUACUAAUUUGGAUUAGAAAAUUAAGCUAAAAUCAAAUGCAGUCAUCUUUGGAGUCUUAUCUGUUUGUAUGUCAGUGUAUGGAUUUCAAAUAAGCUGUUGAAAGUAACAUUUUCUUCUCACCAAACCAUUGGCCAGAUUAAGCUUCUGAUUCCAUGCCAGUAAAUACUCCAAAGUGUAACUUGCGCACCAGCAAGGGAGUGGUAGGAAAGUGUAAAAAGAAAUUUGUUUAAAAAGUAUUCUGUUGUAAACAUGACUUGCCAACUUUUGCAAUGUUCAGAGUUCACAACUUAAUUGUCAUUUUAAAGAAAAAAUUUUGGUCCAGACAUAUUUUUUUUUCCUCUAUAGUGUUGCAGUUUAGUGAAUGAUGUGAACCAGCAUCCGUUCAAGAAACAGUAUUGUAGUAGCUAUUUUCUGUAACAUGGCAUCAGAAUUUCAGUGGAUCAUAAAAUUAUGCAAAGGUGUGUUUCUCUGUGUAAUUAAGUAGAUAUUUAUUUUUUGUACUUCAAAUGGCCUUGCCCAUACAAUUCUUAUGUCUGGUGUUGCAGAGAACCCUUCAAGUUAAGAACAUAAGUACUACUGUUCUCUCUUUCUCCUGUAGUCUUCCCAACAAUGUGAUUGUUAAUUGUUUCUAAAAGAAAAAGUUUCUGUAAGAUCACACUAAUUUGCAUAAAUUUCAGGGAUGUGUCUGACUUAACUGGAAUUAUUUUUUGUUUUAAUUGAUGUACUUUUGGACCAAAUGCAUACAAUUUUUUAAAAAAAAAUCUACCAACUUGUUUUCAUUGUGAUAUGUUGAACACAGCUUAUUUUUAUAAAAUUUCUCAGUGGAACUGUAGCUUUAAUUUAAAAUGAUAAAUGAAUUGCUUGCACUAAGCGUUUGUCAAUAGCUUGACUUCAAAUAAAACCAUAAAGCAGAAGUUUGAUCGUUUGAAUGUCCUCUCCUAAGUGCACUGCCAAACAACUUUGAAAGCUAAACAGCCCACUGCUAGAAUUAUGGAAAACAAACUGCGCCAUUUUUGUACAAUCCAGUUUCUUUAUUAUAGGUAAAUUUAUAGGUAAGCACUUGGGAGCUAAAAGUUGCACUUUUCUGUAUCUAUAAUCUUAAAAGAAAACUAAGAUUCACUGACUUUUUUACUUGAGCUGGUCUGAUCUUUUAACAUGCUUUUAUUUGACUGUUUCACAUUUUUAUUAGCUUUUUUGCCACAGAAGUCCUAAAUAGCUUCAUGUGUUUUACUGUACAGUAUCUUAUGAACUAAGAAUGACUGUAUUGCUAUUUUCCAGGUAGCAUUAGCUACUUAUGCAUGUAUUGAUAUUGUUUGAUUUUCUACGGUUUUAUAUUGUUCAACCAUUUGACAAGAAAGAGGUCUGAAGCUUUUUAAGCAUUUACAGACUUUGCAAAACCAUUUAAAAUUUUACCAGCUGGCUUUCACAUGCACCACAUUAAUUUUUAAUUUAAAAUAAAAAAAAGCAAAUUGAAAA